UUAGAUCGAGUCAUCCAACUAAGGUACAAUUUGAGUCUGGUUUGAAUCAUUUCGGGUCAGGUCAAUUUUGUCAAGUUAAAUGGUAAGGCAAGGGAAGGACCAAGGUGGCAUAUGUCCCAUACACUCAUACAGGUGGUUAUUAUAUUGGCCCCUAAGUUAAGGCCCGCUGCGGGAGGAGAUGAGACCCCACACAAGUCAAGUAAAAUUCCAUCCCAAAACCAUGUGGCAAUAGGAAGAGUACACUAACCAAUCUUCCGCUUCUAGAUGAUUUUCCUUCACACACACGUGAAGAACUGCCAACGUGUUAAACUUCCGUCAUCGUCCACCCUUAAAAGUUCCGUAGUCAUAUAUGCAUUUUGUUUCUCCCCCAACUUUAUGCGGCGAUUGGUGUAUAUAUAAAUAUAUCUUGUGUCAUCAUCCCUUUUCAACUCAACCUAGGAUAGCCUCAUAUUUCUAAAAGUGCAAGAGCAUCUCAAGUCAAAGUGCUCUCUCUUCAUUAUCCUUUGUUAUACUGCUACUUAUUAUAUUGAGACUAAAACAGACACUGAACAUACAGAGUUCAUUUCUGUGAUUUUUGAGUCAAUUUUUUUAGUUACUUCAAUGGGUUGUAGUAUCUCCAAAAAAUCAAAGGCCAACUACUGGGACUUUGCUUCUCUUGCCUCUGAAACAAUGUUUUCUUUGGAUGAAGUGGAGGCCGUAUAUGUCCUCUACAAGAAAGUCAGCUGUUGCAUUGUUGAUGAUGGCCUCAUUCAUAAGGAAGAAUUUCGACAAGCUCUUCUAAGGAAUAAAGGGAAGCCAGAUCUUUUUGUAGAUAGGGUAUUUGAUUUGUUUGAUCUAAAACGUAAUGGGGUACUCGAUUUUGGAGAAUUUGUUCAGUCGCUCAGUAUUUUCCAUCCCAAGUCUCCUGCAGCAGACAAGAUUUUAUUUACCUUCAAUCUGUAUGAUUUACAACACACGGGUUGUAUUGAACGUGAAGAGGUGAAGGAAAUGGUGUUGGCUAUUCUGAAAGAAUCAGAUUUAGAACUACCAGAUGAAGUUAUUGAAGAAAUAGUGGAAAAUGCCUUCAACGAAGCAGAUUCCAAUCAAGAUGGGAAGAUUGAUCUAGAAGAAUGGAAGGAAUUUGUGGGAAAGAAUCCGUCACUACUGAAAAACAUGACAAUUCCUUACUUAAUGGAUGUGUCCACAGUAUUUCCAAGUUUUGUUGAAAAUAAGAUAAUGUUGAUCUGAAGAAAGUUAAUUAAGGAAGUCAGGGAGUCCAAAAUGUGUGGACAAUUUGGUAUCUUUAGCCGUUUUUAGCAGAUUAACUGCAAUGAUAAACCGAGCUGAAGUUUGGAAGAUCACCGGCAAAUGAAGCAUCGUGUUGAGAUUGAUUCCCAGAACAGCUUUUGUUCAGAAUUUUGCCAGUUCAUCAACCUAAUUACUGUAUGAAUAUCAGCUACAGUUCAGAAAUUGUAUGUUCAGAUGAUUCGUAAUUACAGUAUUAACCACUUUA